AUGGGGCUGAGGGACGGCGCUGAGCCCGAGGCAGCGCGGCGUGGCCGGCGGCCAGGCGGGCCCUGGGAGCAGGCGGGCGGCGCCGGGUCCGGCCGUGACGAUGCCCCCGCGCUGUCCGCACUCAAGCGCCUGGAGCGGGCACAGCACACGGAUCGGCUGGACGCGCUGUUCGGCUUCGAGCGACCCGCAGAGCCCGGUGAGCGGACGGGCUGGCUCAUCAACAUGCAUCCGACGGAGGUGCUGGAUGAGGACCGGCAGUCAGUGAGCGCAGUGGACUACUACUUCAUCCAGGAGGAUGGGAGCCGCUUCAAGGUGGCCCUACCCUACAAGCCCUACUUCUACAUUGCCACCCAGAAGGGCUGUGAGCGGGAAGUGUCCUCCUUCCUCUCCAAGAAGUUCCAAGGGAAGAUUGCAAAGCUGGAAACUGUCCCCAAAGAGGACUUGGAUCUGCCAAACCACUUGGUAGGCCUGAAGAGGAACUACAUCAAGCUGUCCUUCAACACGGUGGAGGACUUGGUGAAGGUGCGGAAGGAGAUCUCUCCUGCUGUGAGGAAAAACAGGGAGCAGGACCAGGCGAGUGAAGUCUACACAACCAUGCUAUCAAGUGCUCUGAGUGGAGGCACCCUAAGCACAGAUGAGGAAGGAGCCUCAAAGAAAAUUGCCAACCAGAUGGACAACAUCGUGGAUAUGCGGGAGUAUGAUGUGCCUUACCACGUUCGCCUUUCCAUCGACCUGAAGAUCCACGUGGCUCACUGGUACAAUGUGCGAUACCGGGGCAACACCUACCCCCCUGAAAUCACCCGCCGAGAUGACCUUGUGGAGAGGCCGGAUCCUGUUGUUCUUGCCUUUGAUAUUGAAACAACCAAACUCCCUUUGAAGUUUCCUGAUGCCGACACAGACCAGAUCAUGAUGAUCUCCUACAUGAUUGAUGGGCAGGGCUACCUGAUCACAAACAGGGAAAUUGUCUCAGAGAACAUUGAAGACUUUGAGUUUACUCCCAAGCCAGAGUAUGAGGGUCCAUUUUGUGUCUUUAAUGAACCAGAUGAGGCUCAUUUAAUCCAGAGAUGGUUUGAACAUGUCCGGGAGACCAAACCCACCAUCAUUGUCACAUACAAUGGAGACUUCUUUGACUGGCCCUUUGUGGAAGCAAGAGCAGCAGCUCAUGGAAUUAAUAUGUAUCAGGAAAUUGGGUUUCAGAAGGACAGCCAGGGAGAAUACAAAGCAUCCCAGUGCAUCCACAUGGACUGUCUGAGGUGGGUGAAGAGAGACAGUUACCUUCCAGUGGGAAGUCACAACCUGAAAGCAGCAGCUAAAGCAAAACUGGGUUACGAUCCAGUGGAGCUGGACCCCGAGGAGAUGUGCAGGAUGGCCACGGAGGAGCCUCAGACCCUGGCCACCUACUCGGUGUCUGAUGCCGUUGCUACUUACUACAUGUAUAUGAAGUAUGUGCAUCCCUUCAUUUUCGCCUUGUGUACCAUCAUUCCCAUGGAGCCUGAUGAGGUGUUAAGAAAAGGCUCUGGGACACUGUGUGAGGCACUGCUGAUGGUUCAGGCCUACCAUGCCAACAUCAUCUUCCCCAACAAGCAGGAGCAGGAAUUCAACAAACUCACAGAAGAUGGACAUGUGCUGGACUCGGAGACCUAUGUGGGAGGCCAUGUGGAAGCACUGGAAUCUGGGGUCUUCCGCAGUGACAUUCCCUGCCGCUUCAAAAUGAAUCCUGCUGCCUUCGACUUCCUGGUGCAGCAUGUGGAGAAGACCCUGCAGCACGCCAUCGAGGAAGAGGAGAGUCUUCCCUUGGAUCAGGUCACCAACUUCCAGGAGGUUUGUGAUGAAAUCAAGGCCAAACUGAAUUCUUUGAAGGAUGUUCCCAACAGAAUUGAGUGUCCUCUUAUCUAUCAUCUGGAUGUGGGGGCCAUGUACCCCAACAUCAUUCUGACGAACAGAUUGCAGCCCUCUGCCAUGGUGGAUGAGGCCACGUGUGCUGCCUGCGACUUUAACAAGCCAGGUGCCAACUGUCAGCGCCGGAUGACGUGGCAGUGGAGAGGAGAGUUCAUGCCUGCCAGCCGCAGUGAGUACCACCGCAUCCAGCAGCAGCUGGAGUCAGAGAAGUUCCCUCCCUUGUUCCCUGAUGGACCACCUCGUGCCUUCCAUGAGCUCUCCCAGGAAGAACAAGCCAAGUAUGAGAAAAAGCGCCUAGCAGAUUACUGCCGCAAGGCGUACAAGAAGAUCCAUGUCACCAAGGUGGAGGAGCGAGUCACCACCAUCUGCCAACGAGAAAACUCUUUCUAUGUGGACACCGUGCGAGCAUUCCGGGACCGCCGAUAUGAGUUCAAGGGGCUGCACAAGGUGUGGAAGAAGAAGCUGUCUGCAGCAGUGGAGACAGGAGAUGCCUCUGAAGUGAAACGCUGCAAGAACAUGGAGAUCCUCUAUGACUCCCUUCAGCUGGCCCACAAGUGCAUCCUCAACUCCUUCUAUGGCUAUGUCAUGCGGAAAGGAGCUCGCUGGUACUCCAUGGAAAUGGCUGGCAUUGUCUGCUUCACGGGGGCAAAUAUCAUCACCCAGGCCAGAGAGCUGAUCGAGCAGAUUGGGAGACCUCUAGAACUGGAUACCGAUGGGAUUUGGUGUGUCCUUCCCAACAGCUUUCCAGAGAACUUUGUCAUCAAGUCAACCAAUAUCAAGAAGCCAAAAGUAACAAUCUCUUACCCAGGUGCCAUGCUGAACAUCCUGGUGAAGGAAGGCUUCACAAAUGACCAGUACCAGGAACUGCAGGAUCCAGCCUCACUCACCUAUGUCACGCGCUCGGAGAACAGCAUCUUUUUUGAAGUGGAUGGUCCAUACCUGGCCAUGAUCCUUCCAGCCUCCAAAGAGGAGGGCAAGAAGCUGAAGAAAAGGUACGCCGUGUUCAACGAGGAUGGGUCCCUGGCUGAGUUGAAGGGGUUUGAAGUGAAACGCCGGGGAGAGCUGCAGCUGGUGAAGAUAUUCCAGUCAUCUGUGUUCGAGGCCUUUCUGAAAGGCAGCACCCUAGAGGAGGUCUACGCUUCCGUGGCCAAGGUGGCCGAUUACUGGCUGGAUGUGCUCUACAGCAAGGCUGCCAACAUGCCUGAUUCAGAGCUGUUUGAGCUCAUCUCAGAGAACCGGUCUAUGUCACGCAAACUGGAGGACUACGGGGAGCAGAAGUCCACCUCCAUCAGCACUGCCAAGCGCCUGGCAGAGUUUUUGGGGGACCAGAUGGUGAAGGAUGCAGGGCUGAGCUGCCGCUUCAUCAUUUCCAAGAAACCAGAAGGGUCUCCCAUCACUGAGAGGGCCAUCCCCCUUGCCAUCUUCCAAGCAGAGCCCAGCGUGCGCAAACACUACCUCCGAAAAUGGCUGAAGAGCCCCUCGCUGCAGGACUUCAACAUCCGUGCGAUCCUGGACUGGGACUACUACAUCGAGAGACUGGGCAGCACCAUCCAGAAAAUCAUCACCAUUCCUGCAGCCCUGCAGCAGGUAAAGAACCCAGUGCCACGGGUCCGACACCCAGACUGGCUUCACAAGAAACUCCUAGAGAAGAAUGAUGUGUACAAACAGAAAAAAAUCAAUGAGCUUUUUGUUUCAGAAGGCAAAAAACAGAUUCUUGCCAGCCGGCCUGUGGAGGGGACACCCAGCUCACAGGUCAGUGACAUAGAGGACUUUGGGGCUGUCAAGACCCCUCUGCCACUGGUUCCCAUUGCAAAUAAGCGGAAGCGCAUCCCUGCAGUAGAGGAAAGCCAAGAGCUGUCACAGGACCUGGAGCUAUCCCAGUCCUGGCGGGAGAUCCUGGGCCCACCUCCACCCCUUGGCACCACCAAGGAAGAGCGUCUGGUCUGGCUGCGCUUCCACCAGAAGAAGUGGGAGCUGCAGGCUCGGCAGCGGCAGGAGCGGAGGAAGAGGCGGCGGCUGGAGGAUGGUGGUGUGGUGGCAGGUGGAGGAGUGGUCCGCGAUGCCCUCUCCAAAGGGCUGAGCAGUUACCUGCGCCGGACAGCGCGCAGCAUCCUGGACUUGCCCUGGCAGGUCGUGCAGAUCGCUGAGACCAGCCAGCCUGGGCUGUUCCGGCUGUGGGCAGUGAUAGGGAGCGACCUGCACUGCAUCAAGCUGAGCAUCCCCCGUGUCUUCUAUGUCAACCAGCGUGUCCCGAAGCCUGAGGAGGGAACAGCCUACAGGAAGGUAAACAGGAUCCUGCCCCGCUCAAACUUAGUUUACAACUUGUACGAAUACUCUGUUCCUGAAGACAUGUACCAAGAGCACAUCAACGAAAUCAAUGCAGACCUCUCUGCUCCAGACAUCGAGGGAGUGUAUGAGACACAGGUGCCGCUGCUCUUCCGUGCCCUGAUCCACCUGGGCUGUGUGUGCAUGGUCAGCAGGCAGCUCGUCCGGCACCUGUCAGGGCGAGAGGCUGAAACCUUCAACAUUGAGCACCUGGAGAUGUGCUCGCUGGCUCAGUUCACUUACCUGGAGCCAGGAAGCAUUCGCCACAUCUACCUGUACCACAGCUCUCAGGGCAGCAAGGCACUCCUGGGCCUCUUCAUCCCCUCACAGCGCAAGGCAGCCGUCUUUGUGCUGGACAAGGUACGCAGCAACCAGAUGCCAAACCUCACCACCUUGUUCUCGGUGGAGCGUGCAGCUCUGCUGGAGAAGGUGGGCAAGGAGCUGUUGCCCCCAGACAAACACACCUUUGAGGUGCGUGCUGAGACUGACCCCAAGGCUAUCUACAGAGGUGUCCAGCGGCUGCUCUUGGGCUACAAGGACGAGCGCCGCGGCCCCACAUUGGUGGCUGUGCAGUCCAACUGGGACUUGAAACAGCUGGCGAGUGGGAUCCCCAUCAUUGAGGAGUUCCCCUUGGUCCCCAUCCGGCUGGUAGAUGACAUCAGCUACUCAGUCCUGGACUGGCAGCGCCAUGCUGCCCGCCGCAUGAUUCGCCACUACCUCAACCUGGACACCUGCCUUUCCCAGGCUUUUGAGAUGAGCAGGUACUACCACAUCCCCAUUGGAAACCUCCCUGAUGACAUCUCCACCUUCGGCUCUGACCUGUUCUUCUCACGCCACCUUCGUCGUCACAACCACCUGUUGUGGCUGUCCCCCACGGCCCGCCCCGACCUGGGGGGGAAGGAGGCCGAUGACAACCGCCUGGUCAUGGAGUUUGAUGAGAGAGCCUCAGUUGAGAUCAACAACCCUGGCUGCUACUCCACAGUGUGUCUGGAGCUGGACAUCCAGAGCCUGGCUGUGAACACCGUGUUGCAGUCCCACCACGUGAAUGACAUGGAAGGAGGCUCCAGCAUGAGCAUUAGCUUCGAUGUGAUUCAGCAGGCAUCCCUGGAGGACAUGGUGACAGGGAACCAAGCUGCCAACAUCCCAGCCAGCUAUGAUGAGACUGCCCUCUGUUCCAACACUUUCAGGAUUUUGAAAAGCAUGGUGGUGAACUGGGUGAAGGAGAUUACCCAAUACCACAACGUCUAUGCAGACAACCAGGUCAUUCACUUCUACCGCUGGCUCCGCUCUCCUUCCUCCCUGCUGUAUGACCCAGCACUGCACCGCACCCUCCACAACAUGAUGAAGAAGCUUUUCCUGCAGCUGGUGGCUGAGUUCAAGCGCCUGGGCUCCUCUGUGGUCUACGCCAACUUCAACCGCAUCAUCCUGUGCACCAAGAAGCGGCACAUUGAGGAUGCCAUCAGCUACAUGGAGUACAUCAUCAACAGCAUCCACUCCAAGGAGAUCUUCCACUCUCUGACCAUCUCAUUCUCCCGCUGCUGGGAGCUCCUGCUCUGGAUGGACCCAGCAAAUUAUGGAGGUAUCAAGGGAAAAGUGGAUUCUCGCAUCCACUAUGGAGAGAAGGACACCAGCAAGACAUUGGAGGAGGAGGAGGAGAGUGAAGAGGAGGAGGACGAGGUGGUGAGGGAAGAAGAAGAGGAGAAAGGGGAGCCAGAUGUGGAGGAGCUGCUGGAGAACAACUGGAACAUUGCACAGUUCCUGCCCCAGGCUGGCUCCUGCCAGAGCUACUUCUUGAUGAUCAUAUCAGCCUACAUCGUGGCUGUGUACCACAGCAUGAAGGAGGAACUGCGACGUAACACCCCUGGAAGCACCCCCAUCAAGAGGAGAAGCACCAGCCAGCUGUCCCAGGAGGCUCCGGGGGAGCUGAGGGCCAUGCCUGGCAUGAUCACCUUCUCACAAGAUUACGUGGCCAAUGAGCUCACCCAAAGCUUCUUCACCGUUACCCAGAAGAUCCAGAAGAAGAUGGCUGGUUCCCAGAAUGCCACAGAGCCCUCUGACAUGUUCCCAGUCCUGCCUGGCUCCUACCUGCCACUCAACAACCCAGCUCUGGAGUUCAUCAAAUAUGUCUGCAAGGUCCUCUCCCUGGAUACCAACAUAACCAACCAGGUGAACAAACUACGCCGGGACCUGCUGCGCCUCAUCGAGGUGGGCGAGUUCUCAGAAGCAGCCCAGUUUCGGGACCCUUGCCGCUCCUAUGUGCUUCCUGAAGUCAUCUGCAGGAACUGCAACUUCUGCAGGGACUUGGACCUGUGCAAGGACCCUGCCCUUUCCCAGGACAGGUUGGUGCUGCCCGGCUGGCUCUGCCCCAGCUGCCAUGUGCAGUAUGAUACUGAUGCCAUCGAGAUGGCGCUGGUGGAAGCCCUGCAGAAGAAGCUGAUGGCCUUUGUGCUGCAGGACCUGGUGUGCAAAAAGUGUCAUGGCGUGAAGGAGACACACAUGCCUGUGUAUUGCAGCUGUGCUGGAGACUUCACCCUCACUAUCUCCUCCCAGGUCUUCAUGAACCAUGUCAGCGUCUUCCAGAACAUUGCCCGGCACUAUGGCAUGGCCUACCUGCUGGAAACCAUUGAGUGGCUGCUGCACACCAACCUCCAGCUCCAGCAGUGAGGGCUGGGCUCCUCUUCCUGCCUACUCCAUGCUCUCACAUCCAUGGAGAGUGGUACUGGACCCCCUUGGCCAUGGGCCAGACCACAGAGACACUGCACACCCCUCCUGCAGUGAGGGAAGGGGGGUGAGAGCCAUACUUGGGUCUGGGUUGUCUUUGCCCCCAGCUGCCUGGUGGGGGACUAGGGAGUUUCCAGUGGCUGGAACUGGGUUCCACAGGUCUGUGCUGGCCCCAGGUGUGGUUUUAAUUUUCAGUUUCUGUAAAUAAAUGUGUGGUAGAAGGCAGGUGUAGUUUAUAGGGAGGGAGGAAUCAGGGGCUGUGGGUGCCAGGGGCUGUGGCACCACCCAUAGCCUGAGGCAUACUGGUGGCUGUGGUGCCACUGGCUUCACCCCAUCCUCAGCUCAGCCCUUGCCAGCAUGAGGCAAGCAGUGCCUACAGGUGCUGCCCACACCUGCCAGCAGGUCCUGCCUGUGAGCAGCUGGCUGUGGUGGAGUGACUCCCCUGUGCUAAGGUGCUUCGACAUGCUUGGCCUGAGUACUUGUCAGCUCUCAUUAAAGUAUUAGUGGGUCUGUCUGGUGAGAUGGGGGACCUGAGACCCUAUACACAUCCCUGCAGCAGGACCAGCAGCCAUGGCUGGAGGAUGGGGAUACAGCCACCAGCUCUGACGCCCAUGUCCCUCCAUUUCACUGCAGUGAGUAGCCCUAGGCAAGGUUUAUUGACAGCCAGGGGCUGGCAGUGGUGGCAGGUGGGUUGUAGGACAUAGCCCACUCUUCCAUGUGUGCUGCUCUUCAUGGAGGCAGCAGGUCCCUCAGAACUGGGGGUACUGAUAGUUUCGGGUAGAGCAUGCAUUAUCCACCCUGUCACCGUGACCUUUCCUGAUCUGGUGGUACCUGCAGUGGCAUGGCAUAAGGCUGGAGCAACCCCAGAGUCAUGUCCCCCCACUGAGGAACCAUCUAAGGAGGAGACCAGUAGGCAUGGUGAUGGUGGGACAGGGCCAUCACCUGUAGUUGUAGUCAGGGAAGCCAAAGUCCUUUCAGGGUGGAGACAAUGAGAGGAAGAGCAUCGGCUGCAUUGGGUGGUCAGACAGUCCAGUUUGCACUUAGGGCUGAUGAUCACACUGACCCCACACAGCAGCAGGGACCAUUAGCCCUCAUUAGCUCAUAUCCUUUGGGAUGCUGUGCAUCCCAAAAGGUAUGAGCUCACCACAGCUAUGGCAUCUCAAUGGUCACAGGACCACUGCAACCAUGGGAUCCUUGUGGGCAUGGCACCAGGAACUUUUGGGCACCUCAGUACAAAAAUAUUAUAAAUCUCUUAGAGAGCAUCCAGUGAGGGCUGUGAGGAUAGUGGAGGCUCUAGAUGUUAUGGGGCAGCUGAGGGCACUUGAUCUAUUCAGACCUCACCAGGGGGCUCCAGCUCCUUUUGAGGGGCAGGCACUAAUCUCUGCUCCGUGAGCAGGGAUAGAGUUCCAGAAGUGUCUGAACAACAAACACUGCCCUGACGUCCUGGGCACUCCAAGGAAGCAACUGGAGAUGUUUUAUCUCUUCUGGAGGGAAUUAUCCUGGAUUACUCAGGGAUGCACCGAGUGGGAUUGUUGGGCUUUCUGGGCAGGGCCAGAAGUAGGACUUGAUGAAUCUUGUGAGUUCUUCCAACUCAGGAUAUUCCAUGAUUCUAUGAAAAGUGCUGACUGGGUGCCAAGGAAUAGCUCUGGAGUCCUUGAAGGAUCCCAAAAAGAGGAAAGAACUCUGGGAUGGGCAGACAUGGAGCAGCACUGUGGUUGUACUGGGAUGGGUUCUCUCACUCCUGGUGCGAGCUAGGCAGGGGAGGCUCUGCUCCUCUGUCCCCUCCUGUCAUCUGGCUCACAUUGGAGGCUGUCCAGGGGUGACACCAACGUGCUCCUGCUGCACCUGAUGCCUGUUUCCCCCACAGUCACUCCUCUCUGGUUCCCAGGGACCUCGGCGGGGGCAGGAGGGGCCUGAGCGUGGGGCCGGGGCCUCAGCACCAGUGGCUGCAGGAACCGCCCCGUUCGCAGGGGAGGCUGCACAACCAGCUCGAGCAGAGCGGCUCAGCCGGAUUUGGCUGUGUUCAGCUGGUUUUAGCUGGGCUGAUUUUGGGUGCAUUCAGCUAGGCUGGGCUGGCCAGAGUUUGAAUAGAUUUUUACUUCUACUUAUUAAAGUCCUGAUGUCCUGGGCACUCCAAGGAAGCAACUGGAGAUGUUUUAUCUCUUCUGGAGGGAAUUAUCCUGGAUGAGCCCAAGACUCCUCCCAGUCACCUCCUGGGGCUUUUGGAUCUGUGAUUUCAAGACCUUAUAUCCCAGGGAGCAGACCCAGACUACUCCAGGGAUGUUGCCUGUGAUGUUUUUGCUCUUUGGUAGAAGCUCUCUGUUCGAGGAUCCAGCUGAGACUCCUCCCAAGCAUCUCAGAAUCUGUUUACUAAUACAGAUAAAUCCUGACAUCCUGAGUAGUAGUCCAAGACUCCUACAAGUAAGCUACCUGAGAUUUUUCUCUUUUUGAACAAAAGUGUAUCUGUUGGAAUCUCCCUGCAACUUCUCCUAAAUAUCUCCCAGUCUUUUCAUCUCUAAUUUAGGUAUUUGAUAUCCCAGGCAGCAGCCCCAGACUCCUCCAGGGAAGCUGCCUUGUCACCCUUGCACCAAGAAUGACACCAGAACAGAUGAGAGAUGCAGCAUAAAAAGGAAGAAAACAAGGCCUUAAUGGAAAGGAAACUUCAGCUUAAAUAGACUGACAUGACACAUUCUAUUUGACUGAUUAGUUAAUAAAAACAUCUUUCUCACACACCAUCCUUGAGAGGAACAGAAAAGCAAGGUGGAAAAACACCACCUGCAAAUUGUUUAGACUAACAAGUUAUCAUAUCCCUACAACUCGCUAAAAAUUCUCACAAGCCACUGUGAGAAAAGAUUGCCGUUUCUCUCUCCCUGACCAGGCUGGCAUCUACAGCUGCCCAAGAUGAUUUUUCUCUCGUUGUGGAAAUUGCAUCUUCUAGGUUCCACAUUAGGCACCUGCUAUGCAUCUU